AUGUACUGCCAGCGCCUCGCUCUCCCACUUACCCGCUCCCUUCUCGCCUCGAGAGCCCCACUCGCUCUCCGCAUGGAGAACGCUGUUGCCGCUCGCAUGAUCAGCACCACCGUUGCCCGCAAGGACAUCGACUCUGCUGCCAAGUACAUCGGAGCUGGAGCCGCCACCGUCGGAGUCGCUGGAUCCGGAGCUGGUAUCGGAAACGUCUUCGGAGCUCUCGUCAUCGGAUACGCCCGUAACCCAUCUCUCAAGCAACAACUCUUCUCGUACGCUAUCCUCGGAUUCGCUCUCUCCGAGGCCAUGGGACUUUUCUGCUUGACUAUGGGUUUCAUGAUCUUGUUCGCUCUCUAA